ACAGUGUUCAUACUCGAACUCGAAGUAAGUAGUUAGUUCGAAGACAAGUAGGCCUGGAACAAACGGGGUUGUAGUGGUUUUUGUGGGUCUGGAGUCCUGAGUGAGAGUGUUGUGUUGCGUCGGACGAGAAUUUCGAGGCCGUGCAGGCAGGUGUGUUACUGUAAAGUUCAGCUAUCGAGUGAAAACGCAGUCCUGCAAAGAUGUGUGACGAUUACGAUACCUACUGCGACGAUUCCCUUUCCGUGACUUGGAUUGUGGUGAUUGUCGUCUGCGUCAUCAUCAAGAUCCUCUUCUGGAGCUUUGUGUGCUACCGCUGGCGCCGUCGUACCUACUACCGAACACAUUCGGUGGUCGUUGUCCAGCCAACACACACCGUCACACAUCCUGGACAAGCCGCAGUAGUGCGAGGUGUUCCUGUCACAGCACAUCCCCAUUAUCCGUCCACUCCAGCCUCUGUCGGCGUUGGUGCCAGUGCUCCUCCAGCAUACGGCUCUGAGCCCAAGAAAUACCCGUCGGCUCCGUCUUCUGAGCCGCCAGCGUACUCUGACACUGCACCCCUCCUGCCUUGAGCGCCUGUUCUUGACUGAGGAUCACAUGUUGUGCGCCGCAGUGGAUACUGCGUUUCUUUGCCCACUUGUAAUGUAGGCGUGCACAUCCGCACUCUUUUGCCUGCCUCAUUUCUUUUCUUUUCUAUGAAUUUGGUGUUGACUUUUGAAUCUCGACUUACAAUGGUCACUCUCUUUACAAGCCAUACAAGCUUUGUUUGUUUGGUUCCUUCACUGCUGUCUCCCUGCUUGCCUGCUGCAGUUGUGCCAUCGUGCUAACUUACGCCGUAUAUUGCGUUUUAGUGUUUCACAUCAUCUUUUUAACCAGGUUUGCGUCGUUUUAGUUUACCGCCAGCUGCGUUCCUAGUCACCGUUCGGUCGGAGAAUAGUAAUUUCAUUGUAUUCUGUAUAGGUAGUCCAUGCCAUUCCCGUGUAUUUCUUAGUAUUCUUCUCUCCUGUCAUAGUAGUAGCAAUAGCCUGGGAGUAUAAUUUUACAUCUGCCUUGAUGGCAGCACACUAA